AUGUGUACUAAAAAUUUUAGUCACCAAAACUUCCGAUCCACUCCUUACAUCGUAUCACAGUCACCACAAACACCUUCUCUUUCUCAAGCAACCUUAAACCCUUACUCAGACAUCCUAAAAACAUACCCCACAUCUCCCACAGUACUUGCAUUUUCAGUGAUACAUAUACUGAACAUCAUCAAACUACUUGCCAUCCUCCAAAAAUGUCCGGACGUUAAUGCUAGAGAAGCAAUUAUAAACACAGUCAUGUCAAUUCUUAACAUCAUCCCUGAAAACCACUAUGUCUAA